UGACAUUCUCGAUAUGAACGAAUCCCUGGCGAGAAUAACAAUACGGUCAGAGGAAAAAGCAAACAACAAUGAAGAACAAUAACAGUUGCCUCGCAAGGUCUAGUGUUCGACAAGUCACGCGCAAAACCGCUAAGAGUUACCCCGCUGUCACACGUGGACAACUUCAGUGUAAUAUAUGAAACAGUGACUUCUCAGCUCAAUCCCUCAGGUUUGAUUUCAUGUCGUCCUCCCCUCAAUCUCUUGUUGUUUUGUUUAUUAUUUGUCCGAUCAAUCUUCUCAAAACCUACAGUCAAGCAUUGCCACCUUGCGAUAGACCUGAACCCCAGCAAUGGAGGUCAUAGAUAACACAAUAGCACAAGAUACGGAACAUGGCGCAUCCAAGACUGCUACAGAGACCGCACCCCUGCUGGGCAAUGCCAAUGACACCGGAAAUCUCGCAGAUGAUAAUAAUAACUCGACCUCCCCCGAUGCCACCGCUGAACCCUCAACUCGCCUAUCGAACAGAGACCGAACCUCCAUUUUGAUAGGCAUCCUCAUCAUCGGCUGGGCCUUUGGGUUGGAUAGCCUCGUCAGAUCGACAUAUCAAUCCUACGCGGCCUCCAGUCUCGGCGUUCAUACGCUCUUAUCCACGAUCAAUGUCCUCCGCAGCGUCAUCGCCGCUGCCGUGCAUCCCGCCGCAUCCAAGAUAGCCGAUGCAUUUGGUCGUUUCGAACUCAUCUCCGUCUCCGUGGGCUUUUACAUUAUCGGAACCGUCGUUGAGAGCACAGCUUCGUCAAUAGAGGUCUUCAUCAUCGGAGCAGUCCUCUACCAGAUCGGCUACACCUGCGUCGUGUUUCUCGUCGAGGUUAUCAUCGCCGAUAUCACUUCCAUGCGCUCCCGGGUCUUUUUCAGCUACAUCCCUGCAAUUCCAUUCUUGCUCAAUGCCUGGAUCAGCGGUGCCCUCGCCUCAGCCGUGCUGAGAAUCACAGACUGGCGUUGGGGCAUUCGAAUGUGGGCAUUCAUCUACGCCGCCGCUGCCGCUCCUCUGCUCAUCGCCCUAUAUCGAGCUGCUCCUCUUCGCGGAUCUCGCGAGACCAAUCGCAACCACAGUCCAUAUCUCCUCAUUCGUCUCCGUGACAAAACUGUCGAAAUAGGCCAACAGCUGGACAUCAUCGGCGUCAGUCUCAUGGUCUUAAUCCUCACUCUCAUCCUCACCCCCCUUACCAUAGCCGAGGGACAAGUCUCCAAAUGGCGCAGCGCAGACAUCAUCGCCCCCUUAGUCCUAGGCUGUCUCUGUAUCCCAGCCUUCAUAUACUGGGAAAUCCGAGGAGCCCGCCAGCCUUUCAUCCCACGAUACCUCCUCACAGACAGCGGAGUCGGAGCCGGUCUUGCGGUGCGAUGUCUCCUGAACUUCGCCUGGGCCGUCCAAGGAAACUAUCUCUACACCGUGCUCAUCAUCGCCUUCGACUUCUCCAUCACGCUCGCGACCCAAAUCACCGCCUUCUUCACCUUCUUCGGCGUCAUUACCGGCGUAAUCGUCGGCCUCAUCAUCUACAAAAUACGCAGAUUGAAAUACUCCAUCGUCUUCGGCACCUUCCUCUUCAUGAUCUCCUUCGCCCUCCUAACCAACUUCCCCAGCGGAACCACCCUCCACGCCCGAAUCGGCAUGCUCGCCUCUCAAAUCCUCCUCGGAAUCGCCGCCGGCUUCUGCACAUACCAAACCCAAGCGUCCGUCCAAGCAGCCACGAAACACGAACACGUCUCCGCUCUCACGGGCGUGUACCUCGCCUCCUUCAACAUCGGCAGCGCACUAGGAACUUGCGUAUCGGGUGUAAUCUGGUCUGAGAAUCUCUUACCUCUUCUCAAAUCAAACCUCGCCUUUCAACCGGAUCCCACACUUGCAGAGCAGAUUUAUCACUCCCCCUUUGAUAUCAUGCCAAGGUAUCCUGUCGGAACGGAGAUUCGCGAAGCAGUCAUAAAUAGUUACGGUCAGGUAGAGAGAUUGCUUUGCGCGACGGGGUUCGUGAUUUGUGUCCCGAUGAUAGGGUUUGCGUUGGCGUUGAAGAAUCCGGUUUUAUCUACGAAGCAGAGUCAGCCUGAGGCUGGGAGGGAUCAUGAAGAGCAUGGCACACGUUGAAUUUAUCAUAUCUGUUGAUCCCGUGCAAGCGAAAAGAGUCUUAUCUAUUCCGAAGUUCAUCAUUCGAUUUCGCAUCCAGCAACAGCAUCGCUGUGGUCAACAUAUACACAUGCAGAUUCUACCGCUUCUGUAUAUAUUAUUCAGAAUUAGAUUAGAUAGAGAAAUACAUUACAUUAC